UCACCUUUUAAUGAUAUCAAUGCUAUUAAUUUUUCUUUUCCACCAUUACCUUCUUAUUCGCUCAAUAUGGAUUCAUUGGAGAAUUAUUUUAAAGAAUGGGCUUCACAGUAUGGUCAACUUAAAUCUACAAAGAUGGAAGUUGAAGAAAAAAUGCUAAAAUUGUUGUAUAAGCUUAGGGGCGCAUACUUAAUAUUUCUCGUAAUUCUGGCAGAAAAGUAUGAAUGA